CUGAAACAAACAUAAACAUGUAACCAUAUAUUCUUUGCUUCGUUUCUGCACCAAACAAGAUCUUUCUAGAAACUCGAUCAGACAUUUUCGUUUAUCCUUCACUUUCCUUUCGCAACUUUCUUCUUCACUCGCGUACUGUUCUUCUUCUUCUCAAAACCUUGCCUUGUUAUACAAUAGCACGGAGGCAUGACGACUGGGAAUUCAAAAGCCGGAGUGGAAUCGUAUAUCGGAAGCUUCAUUAGCUUGAUUUCCAAGUACGAGAUUCGUUACGAAGGCGUUCUUUAUUAUCUCAGUGUUAGUGAUUCUACCAUUGGCCUUAAAACCGUGAGGUCGUUCGGCACGGAGGGACGGAAGAAAGAUGGACCGCAAGUUGCUGCGUCUGAUAAGGUUUAUGAAUACAUUCUGUUUCGUGGAAGUGAUAUUAAGGAUUUGGAAGUUAAGUCCUCUCCCUCUCCCCAAAGAGAGGAUCAGAUAUAUGAAGAUCCUGCUAUCAUUCAGUCACAGUAUGCUGGGGUGCCUAUGAAUUCUCCACCAUCAGCAUCAUUCAGUGGUAAAACUUUGAUGGAAUCAAUUCCAUGGCAGGAUACUUCUGCUCUGACUACUAGAGAUAAUCCAGGUGAAAUGCUUACAUAUCAACCGGUAACCCAGGUGGGUUCUCUGAAUCAAUCUGAAGCCUCCAAAAAUUCUGGUGCACAAUCAUUUUCCACACCGAUGUAUUGGCAAGGGUAUAAUGGAAGAUCUAGUAAUAGUUCUCACUCUCCACUGCAUCCUAUAUCUUUUUAUUCUCCAUCCACCGUGUCAUCUCCGUUGACAAUGCAGAAUGAUGCAGAGAAUUCUGAGCCUGAGGCUUCUCUGGUUUUCGGAUUGAUAACUGCAUUGGAGCCUGCAUCUACCUCCUUAAAUCCUAGUUUUUUGUCCCCUCUUACUCCAACACAAUGUUCGAUGUCUCCUGUUAUGCCAUUCUCAUCGUCCUCUAAGGCAUCUCCAUCAUCCACUGCCCCAUAUAUGACUGAUAACGAUCUAAACAUGUCCUUGGUUCCUUCCUCUAGCCAUUGCACAAAAACUGUUGAAGCUCAAAAUGCUUGCAAACCUAACACUGAGAUUUUGGUAGACCAUCCUGCACAGUCGAUGUCGUAUCCUGCAUCAUCUUUUCCGGGUUAUGCUUCAGGCACCUUGCUUACACCACCUCCAUCUCUGUUAACUUCAGUUCAGUUAGUAUCACCUAGACCACCUGUGCUUUCUACCACACAGAAAACGUAUGCUGAUCAGAAGGAUAUGGGUGCAUUCCAAUCAACAUCAUAUAAUCCUCCAUUCGCAUCUGCCGAAGUAACUCAAGCACCAUUGUUGCCAUUGCCAACUCCUGCACCACCGUCUAGGUACUCUACUACUCUCUUUACUGAAGAAUUUGAUUUUGAAGCUAUGAACGAGAAGUUUAAAAAGAAUGAAGUUUGGGGUUCUCUUGGAAAGGCAAAGCAAAGUGAUAAAUCAGAGGAUGUUGAGAACCAAGAAUCUGACCAGGGUUUGGCUGAUAAAGAGGCUUAUGCCCCCAUUGACAAUUCUGAACCUAAGCCUGCAUACAAUAAGGAUGAUUUCUUUGACACAAUUUCUUGUAAUUCACUUAAUCGUGGAACAAGGAAUGGGCAGAAUCGAUUCUCUGAGAGAAUGAAGCUGGAUGCUGAGACUUUUGGCAACUUCAGACAGAGACCUCAUCUAGGUUAUGGUAGUUAUGGUGGUGGACGGGGCGAUAAUUACCGGGGUUCAUAUGCCGGGGGAAGAGGAUAUGGACCAUAUGGUUAUGGUUACAGGGGACGUGGUGGGUAUAUGCAUAUCUAAUGUGGUAUGAAUUCUAUAUUUGAGAAAAAGUCCUUGUCGAUCCCAUUUUUGCCUUUCAUCUAUAUUAACCUUCUUUUCAAUCUCAAGGUGAAGUGAUGCUAGUUCAUGUAAGAUUUUUUGUUCUUUUGCCCAUGAGCUGGCCUUUCACAUAUACUAAUUGAAGGAUGAGUUAAUGAAUUCUUUCUUUUUUGUUUCUCUGUUAAUUAGGCUAUCUAUGUAACUAAUGAACCCAGGCUUCAUCCAUGUAACCCUGUUAGUAGUGCCAAGUGGAAAGAUUUUUAUGUCACCUUAUGCUGAUCAUGAUGGAGUUUUUGGAACAAUCUCUUGUUAAUUUGCUCAUUUCACAUGCGUCUGCAAGGUGGAUGCUUAUUUCACUUGUCAACCCUCAACUCUGUUUGCUAAGUUCAUGUAUAUUGAAUCGAUCGAAAAUCUUCAGGCGGUGUAGGGUGUUUAUCCAUACUCAACUGUAUUUUAUUAAUAUGAGAUUUAUUGAUAGUUUUAUAAUCUGAAAUAUAUUUUGAUAGUUUAGGAAUUCACUUUAUUAUUUAACAAAUAUUGUUUUAGGAUCUCCAAGUGAUCUUGGAUACUUGACAUAUUCAACAUCUAUCCCAUUUUAUUGAGGUUGAAUUUGGCUUAA